CGUGUUAUAGGGCAGCUGGGCAGUGAGAGCGCAGCUGCAGCUUUAAGCUCAUAGUUUGGGAUGGGCUGAAUUCAUAACGUCAUUUCAGCUCUCUGUCUUUUAUUCUUCGCCCCCUCAUCUCCUUCCCUCUCUAAAUGACACAACUCCCAUGUUCCGUUAAACCUCUGGCCAUAUUUUCCGAACAACUUUCUUUUUUUUCCCCCCGCGGGACAUUUUUCUGGGGCCGAAACUUUUCUGGCGUGUGAUCCUUUCUGGAGUUGACACAGCAGUCGUUCGCUCUCAUAUGUGGAUUCUUUGAAAAAGCCCAUUUUAAUAGCCCAGGAAAUGCAGCGUUUUCUCCCGCCCAGAGGGAUCGCUGCUUAACUGAAUCCCGACAUGGAAGAACAUACAGAUAUCUCCAAAAACAAAUAAGUACGCUAUGAGGAUUUAAAUGUUUGUGUUAACGCACAGCCUGCUGUGAUUCAGCUCCAUCUCGUCAAAAUGAUGUUUUCGUCCCUCUCGCUGUCUCAGGAUGAGUUCCAUCCGUUCAUUGAGGCUCUGCUGCCCCAGGUUCGUGCCUUUGCCUACACGUGGUUUAACCUCCAGGCCAGGAAAAGGAAGUACUUCAAAAAACAUGAGAAGAGGAUGACUAAAGAAGAAGAGAGAGCUGUCAAAGAUGAACUACUUGGGGAGAAGGCAGAGGUGAAACAAAAGUGGGCCAGUCGUCUUUUGGCUAAGCUAAGAAAGGAUAUUAGACCUGAAUGCAGGGAAGACUUUGUCCUAUCAAUCACCGGGAAGAAAGCUGCAUGUUGUGUCUUGUCAAACCCUGACCAGAAAGGCAAAAUGAGACGCAUAGACUGUCUCCGACAAGCUGACAAGGUGUGGAGAUUAGACCUGGUGAUGGUUAUCCUUUUUAAAGGAAUCCCACUGGAAAGCACAGAUGGCGAACGGCUGGUGAAAGGAGGCCAGUGCUCCAAUCCAGUCCUCUGUGUCCAGCCUCGACACAUCUCUGUCUCUGUCAAGGAGCUCGACCUCUACCUUGCUUACUAUGUGCAAGAGAGAGAGGCCGAGCAGAGCAGCAGUCCCAGUCGCACCGGUGUGGGUUCUGAUCAGGAGGACAGUCGAACUGCCACCAUGGACGGUCCAGAGUUCCAGGAGAGUUUUGUGACAUCAGGAGUUUUUAGUGUUACUGAGCUUGUUCAGGUCUCGAGAACUCCCGUUGUAACAGGAGUAGGGCCUGGUUUCUCUGUGGGGGAGCUCCAGGGUCAUCUGGCCUAUGAUCUCAACCAGUCUGUUAACCAGCCAGUCAGUCUCAGACGAUCACUGGCCAGCACCUCAUCCAGCGGGAGUAAACGUCAUAAGUCUGGCUCUAUAGAGGAAGAGGCUGAUAGUCCAGGUGGGGAGUAUUACCAUUCACCUUCCUCACCAGCCAGCAGCUCCAGGAACUGGACUGAUGACAUGGAAGGAGGGCUGUCUCCUCCAGUGAAGAAGGCAGAACUGGACAGUCCUUCUCCCCAGGAAGACUCACCAAGAAUGGGUUCCUUUACUCAGCACCACCGGCCUGUUAUAGCUGUCCACAGUGGUCUGUCCCGGAGUCCACAUCCCUCCUCAUCUCUUCACUUCCCAUCUUCCUCCUACUUCCCCCAUGGAGCGAUCCGUUAUCCUCCUCAUCUUGCCCAAGACCCUCUAAAGGAUCUGGUUUCAUUAGCCUGUGACCCUGCCAAUCAAACCCCUAGCUCACUGAAUGGGAGUAACCAGGUCAAAGUGCCCAGUCACUACAUCUCAUCACAAAUGUUGGCACCCCCUGGACCUGCACCCUCCCUGGCGAGUCCCCCAUCCUCCCUUUCUAGGCCGACCCUUCCUACAGAGUCAAAAGCUACUACCACGUCCUCUGAUGCAGGAGCAAACUCCCCCACAUCACCCACAUACUCUGCCCCGGGGACCCCUCCAGCUAAUCGAUCAUCCUUCGUGGGAGUCACCCCUCGAGACCCAGGUGGACUCUACCAAGCUCAGUCUUGGUAUUUGGGCAACUGAGGGAACUUUGGAGGAAACGUGAUUGUCAUGACAGUAAACUUCUGGGGGAAAAAAAAUAAUGUUGUGAAGACAUUUCCAGAGGAAAAAUAUAUUAACCUCUGGUCAUACAUAUAUAUAAAUAUACUUUGCAAUAUAUUUAUAUAUGUGUAAAGAGACGUCCUGGAUGGAAGAAGGAUGCUGGGCUCACUCAGCCGUUUUAUAUCCCCAGAAUGAACUAUGCUUUAUGACAUUACAUGUUUGUCACAAAUGGCAUAUUUUCAAAGAAAAGUAACGACUUAAUGCAGAGGUUUCAUUGGUCCAAAUGAACUACAGACCAGAACCAGGCAUCAACACAUCAGAUUCUCAGACGCCUGAAACUUAACUGUGUCCCCAGGAUGAGUCCUGUUUCCCUGGGAUGGAUGUCAGCCUUGACCCCUGUACCCUGGAUCUCGACACUAAGUCAACUACAAGGCCUAUGUAGACCUCAUCCCUCCCUCAACACUUAAAAUGCCCCACUCUCCGCUGCAGGUGCUGCUUAUAAUAUAUGCAAAUAAGCCUCCUUUAAUUUCUGAACCGACCAGAAGAGGUCCUCUUGUUAAUAUUUAAUGUUUAUUUGCACUUUUUAAGUAUGUUAUUGAUACGUCUGAAGAAAAUUACAAGCUGAAUAGCGCAGUUUAUUUCACUCUUCCCAACAAAACACAGAGGCUUCAUCUUUUUUAUUGACAAUCAUCCACCUGAAAUUAUUUAGUUGCUUUGCAAGGCUCAUGUUUGUAAGACUGUUUGAUUGUGCUCUUUGGUAGAAAACAACGAGUAAUAGUGGAAUAUAAGAGCUAUAUUCAUGCCUCCUCCACAGCACACAAUGCUACAGCUGAAAGCAAGUGUGGAGCAAGGCCCAGUUUUACUAUGCCAUGUUAGAGUGCAUGAGUGGGCCGUGACCUCAGUUCCAACGUACAGUGUUUUGACAUUGACGUGAAUUCCUCAGUAGAAUUAUCAAAAGGCAAACACAUACCUGGAUCAUGUGGCAGCACAGCCAGCAGUACAUUGGCUGCUGAAUGUGGCUGAACUGUAACCUGGUUGUGUAAUGUAGUGUGCGUGUGUGUCUGUAGAUGAUUGUGUAUGAGAAUGUGAUGGUUCCUGCAUUUCCACACUCAUUCCUGCUUUGAAGAGAUGUCCUGUAGUUUCUGUUUGUCUCAAUAUGACAGGAUCUGUGUUUGUGUGUGGGUGGGUUAGAAAGAGAUAAAGCAGGUGCUGCACUAUGAUUACAGUAAAAUAUGUUUUUUUCAAAAGGUAUGAUGCGGUAUGUUGCCAAGCUGGAGGGUUAGCAGACUGUUUUUGUUUUUGAUGAAGUUGUUGAUGCUGAUGAGCAUGUUAUGCAUAUAUGACUUGAACUGUGGACAAAAUCUGGGUGUGUCGUCUAGCUGUAGAAUAACUGGUGGCCCCUGAGAAGUUCUGCUCUGUGUAGUUCAACCCCAACCCAAUCUGAACAACAUGUGUGAUGGAACAGCAGCAGUAGAGUUUGAUUUGGGACUGGGCUGGGUGACACAGGUGAACAGAAGAACGGUGCUAGAGUUGUUUUCCAGUUUGAAGUGCCAACAUCAACAAAUUAAGCAUUUUAAGGUAGGUCGCGCCCUUGGUUUUCUGUGUAAAUGUUGACACAGAGUUUGCAUUAUUGUUAGUGAGGCAAAGCAGUGUUCUGUUAUCGCUGACGUUUCACAGCUUCAGUUAUCAAAUACAUUUCUAUAGUGAUCUAUUGAAAGGCUUACAAGCUGCAUUUUAACAUUGACUGAAAUCUUCAGAAACAUUUAAAAAAGGUGAAAAAACAAAACAUAAUGAUGAAAGAAUGAACAAAAUUGAGGAUCAGAUUCUUAAAUGCACCUUAAACAUCAUCAGUUCUGGCAAGUAAAAUUCAUUGUAAACUCUAAAAGAAACAGUAGUAGAAAUGUGCACCAUGGCCCUUUGAUAAAUCUUACACAAGAUCAUUUGUGUAAGAUAAUGUGACAUGUUGACGAUGUCAAAAGUUUUAAGAAGUAAUACAUUACAGUCUGUGCCAUACUUUAUCUCUAAGGACUGGUGACUCUAAAGCACUCUGUUAACACUUGUCGACGUAUUAUUUGUCCGUGGAUGUAACGAGGUAAAAAUGUGUUUUUGAUGGUGCAAUCUGAUUGGAUACCACACGAGAAGAGUUUCCGAGUAACCUGUAUUAUUCACAGGAAAUUUUCUGCUGGAUUGUUUCUGCAGUCUGUCAUGUUUUUUCCACUUGCUUUCUGUGCACAGAGAGUGAGAGAAAACUCCUGACAUUGUUCCUUGGUGUAGUUGUUGUAGGCUGUUUCCAUGACCCACAUUUGUCUCUGCCUCCCUGAAAACAAAUAUUCUUAUUGGGAGAAAGUUAAAAAAAAGUGUCCCCACUGCUGUGGUCUGACCAAUGACAGUUUUCUUCGAGCCCUAUGCUUCAGCACCUUCAAUGUGAAAUAAUACAAUGGAUAUUGGUUCAAAGAGCCAUAUAUUUUCAGCUUUAACUAGGAAACCCAGGAAUGCUCCCUAGGAUGUAGGCCUGAACACUUUCUGUUCUCAGGAAAGAAAACAGAAUCUUGCAGAGCUUUGUUUCCACGUUCUGUGGAAUAAUAAAGCAAAACUCACCUGAGGACAUUUUAUCAUUCAGCAGGACAAUGAUUCAAUUCUAUAAUAUUCAGAUAGCACCAGUUUACAACAACAGUCUUCUCUUUAUAUGGUAAGGUAAACAUUAGGAAAUAAUACAGUAUUAGAGCCUCCUUUUAAGGGAGUAGACACAAAUUAAGAACAUGCAACAUGUAACUAUACAUACUUAUUGAGUGAGAAAAAGGGGAGAGGAGAAGUGCAUGUGCCCCAGCAGCAUUUAGCCAUUUGAAUUUGUCAUGUGGCUCAACAGCGCCAAAACUGGCUCAGUAGAUUAAAUAAAUGUUUGCAGUGUGUUCUAAUAAUAGUACGUAAGGGAAGCAUGUAUAAUGUAGGUACUGGUCCCAGUACAGAAUCUAAUGGAACUUCAUGACUGACUUUUUUGUGUAAGGAAGACACUUUUUGUUUACGUGAUUAAUUCUGAACCCCUAAGCUUGUGGCACUGUGUAUUUAAAAGGGUUUAUGCUCAAGUUAAAGCAGAGGCCAUAAAGAGAAAGUUCAAGAGCUGAAGAAGAUAGAAAAUUGCUUCACUGGGCUUCCAGUGAACCGUUAGGAAAGUAGGUGGUAUAGUCACUGGAAAUAUUGGACCCAGGAUUUCCAGUGAUAUUUCCAGUUUUGGUCAUGCAAAAGAUCAUUCUGCACAGGAAGCAAACAUCUGUGGGAUCAUGCAAACGCCUUGCACCAAAAUGCACCAAGCAGCAGAAAGAGACAGCAGUUCACAGAUAUGGACAGGCUUCACGUGUGUGUUUGUACAGCAAUUCGGACAAAAACCAGAAUUUCCAUUUUAACAUUUUCCUUCUGUUUCUCCUGCCUCCUGUUGUCUUUACAUUUAUAAAUGCUUGUGUGAGUUACUAUGGGAAUGAGCAUGAAUUUUCUAUUUCUAAGGAAUCUUACUUGGACGUGUCCCCAUAUAAUUUGAAUCUUAUAUCUUGAAAUUUGAUUUGAUCUUGUCUGUUUUCUGUCAGGCCACACCUAAAAUGUACUUUAACUUGCAUUAGAGCAGAGAUGUCGGUGAAUUUCCUUUUUCUUUCCCGUGGUUUGGGGGCUAUAGCUAAGUUAAUUUAGUGCCUACAAGGGAUCAAUGACAUGGACAGAAAGUGUUGAUAUGAACUGGAUUUUAGUUUAAGGUUCAGUUAAAGUUGUCUUAAAGCUGAUGUAUAUUGCAUGGUGCUGUCCUGGUCGCUGUGCUGACCUAACCAAUGCAUGGCUCAACUUGAUAAUACCUCUCCAUCUCUGUCCUGCUCUUCCUCCUCCUUCUUUUCCUCCCUCUGUUCUGCAGACUACAUCAGAGGGAAGUGGAUGGAAGGCUAUAUGUUUCUUUGAAUUUAAUAAUAGCUCUGUUGUUAAACUUUUGCACGAUAUUUCGUAAAACACAUUAUGUGCCUUGCCUUUAGUUAAAGAACAGUAAUAUUUUAUGGAAACAUGAUCAUAUGUUUCACGGUACAAAAAAGCUGCAUGUGUGAUUACUCGACAUUAACCAGUGUAGCAAGUGCACAUUUUUUGGUUGUGGUGGUGCGCCACCUGAGAUAGUAACUUACGGCUAAGCUCUAUGAAAGCUUUCACUAGCUGUUUAUCAUCUACUCUGUUAUCCUAAAGAUAGAGCAAUUUUUACAGUGUGAAAGGAAGAGUGUGAAACUCUUUUUACUGUUGUAUGAAGAAAACAACUUUAUUCCCUAAAUAAUAUACAUUUGGUUGCCAUUAACGUAGCUCAGCUGUUAUAUCAUGACCUACUGAAAGUGUGAACUUGUUCUGUAAGGCCCCAGUGACGCAGGCCUGGAGAUCAGUUGACUACCAUCUGGCAACUACACAUGAGAAAAACGUGUCCUCGGCUACUCCGAGUGGUAGUGAAACUGUGAAAAGUGCCACACAAACCGGAAAUGGACAACCUGUGCCGUCCAACUAAAGGUUUUGCCCUUUACAGCUGGUUGGCUGAAGCAGUGAGGCUUAACUUUUACUUUGAAGGCAAAUGUCCUGUUUUUUCACUUUGCAUAGCAAGUUUUGCUCUUGCAGGUGCAGUGUUUGGAGACAACUUGGCAUCUUCCAUGCAAACUACUGUGGCAGUCUGCUCGCAUCUAAAGCAAUCGCGAGGAAGUUUUUGAUGCAGCACCAUCUGUGUGAGCAAUUUCACCCAGAUACUGCCAGCAACCACUCGCCAUCUGGUUGGGAAAUAUCCAUAUUUCACUGGGAGGUUCCCAGAAGUUGACAGGUCUCUAGGCUGGUGUGACUGAGGCCUAAGUGUGAGAACAUGUAGACUGUGAUCCAGCCUCCAAAUAUAUACACCUGCUGUCAUAUCACUUAGGUCCCAUGCUUGAUUUAUUGCAACAAAAACACGUGAACACAUGGAAAAGACUGCAGUUCCCAGUAUUUUAGGCUGUUCCUUUAGACUCUGUGGAUUUUUCUGGUGUUAUCUGAGAUACUCAGGUGUUGACUGCACUCAUAUAGCUGAUUGGAUUCGGUGGCUGUGCUGUUUAAGGCUAGCGUGUAGGCUGAGGUGUCUGUGGGCUAAUGUAAGUGAACAUUAUUGGUGUUGCUAUGUGUAAAGUCACAUGCACACAUUGUUUGAUAUUUGCUUAGAUGUGUGUUAUAUGAAAAUGUGGACACCAUUGUGUUGUAGUAAAAUGUUUUUCUGGGCGUGGUUAAAUAUGGAUGGAAGCUUUGAUUUGAAUAUGACUCAGAGGCUAAAACACGGGCUGAGAAAGUCAAGUCCUGCCUAAAUGUUCGCAAUACAAACAAAAGCCAUCUUCAGAGGCACUGCUCAGCUCUAUCUACGUAAUGUUUUAUUGUCCCAUGUUAGAUGCAUAUAGACACAUUUAAAGGUACUUAUUGCAGGGAAAAAUCUUGUUGGGCUUUAGCUAGUAUGGCCACGUAUGGUUGCCAUGUAAUGGAAGCAUGUUAAACAUGUACAGGUUUAGAUUUCAGGGCUUUGCAGCUUUAUGACUGGUGAUGAGAACACCGUCCAAUUGCCUAUAUGACGACUUUGAUCCUGUUACUCAGCAUGUGAUAAGAUACUAGAAAAGGCCAUAAAUGACUUUGAGUUACAUUAUUUUUACUCAUCUUUGCUUUAGGUUAUUUUUAGGUUUUCCUUGGGUUAUUAUUACUUUACUUUAGAAUUAUAGUUUUAAACACAUCAGUGUGUAUAAAAAUAUAUACAAAAUGCACUUAUUAGUUAUCAAGAUGUAUAGAAUGUUUAAAUCAUUUGUGGCUGUCUUAUACAGUAAGUGGAAACCAUGAAAUGGGGAAAAUUCUGUCUCUUAGAGAAAAAUGUGGACAACAAAGCUGUAGUGGGUGAGAGACAGGUGAAAUGACACAAUGCACAUACGGAGUUCACCCAACUGCUAAGACUUCACAAUCUCCUAAAUGUGUCAUUGUGAUAAAAAAACGUUGACUGUGAUGUCACAUGUAGCAAUGUUUUUGUAAUACAUAAAUUAUGUCCUGAAAUAUUGAAACUUUUUUAUAGGAUCGAGCUGUUUGAAAUUACACAUUGGGCUUGACUAAUGAAAUGCUUCUUCUUACUGUAGCACCACACUUAUAAGAAUAUGGCCUUAUUUUUGCAAGCGUCAAUGAAGGUUGACUCAGCAGUUAAAAAUGUUUAGGUCAAGUACUUGUGUGCAGAAAUGCUAUACAUAGAAAAACAAGGAAUAAUUUAUCCAAAUAUUUUGGUGAAAGUUAAACGAAAUAGGGGAGUGGUUAAAAAAAGCAUUCAGUCUUGGACUAUACUGGUCCAUCACCGCUUCAAAAAUAAAGGUCUUCACCACUGACACGUCAUCCGUAAUGGGGCAAACACUGACAGAGGCAGCAACGUGACGCUCUAGCAAGUUAGAAAUGAGCAAUAUCUGGUGAUUUCAUUGCGCAUCAGUUGCACAAACACUUUUACCCGCUGAGGAUGGUGAUGGUAUGGGAGCUUAUAGGGUGUGCCCUCAGGUAUUAGUUACUUCACACGCAGACCUAAGACUUGUAGCAAUACAGCAAGAACCCACCAAUCCUGGUCAGGUGUACAACUUUAGCAAAUCAGAGGAUCCUCAGAGACCUCCUGAUGGGAGUUCCAUCAGAAAUUAUGAGCCAAAGUGGAAAGUGUAAUUGAUGCUGCAAGAUCAUAAAUAGAAGCUGAGUGGUAGAAGCUUUAAUUCAGAGCUUUGGACUUUGAUAGUGGCUGUGACUAUAAACCUUAAAUAACAUGUAUUUUGGCUUGAAUGAUAUCUAUUAACCUGACUAUGGUGAUAUAUCCAAAACUGUAUGAAGGCAGACUGUGUUGCUUGUACGGUUACCAAAUCUUUAUGUACUUUACUUAAUGUUAAAAUGAUGAAGCAGAGUAUUAACCUCUGAUGGGUCUGAUUGCGGUUAAGUUGCGAUGAAGCCCGCUAUUUGCAAACAUGUUUUUUCUUCACGUGCAUAGGAAAUAUAGAACUUCCUUUUAGAUUUAGUUGCUUUAAAAGUUUCAAAUACAUUUUUAACAAACACUACAGCCAAAAAUGCCCAUGCAAAAUGUGCAAGCGGUUUACGAAAAACUGUACAAGCUUUGUAGUUGUUCCUUCUCCUCUAGCUGACGACCACAAUAGAAACUCCCGUAAACCUUCACCUGUGGGAAGAAUGUACGCACAGUUUACUGGCACGUGACUUAAAAUCUACAUUUUGGAUGCAAUGCUGUCAGGAAACAGUGUGAACUGUUGAUGUGCGUCUUCAUUUCUGUUUCCCACCAAACGAAAACCUGACAACAGGAUGCCUAAGUAACACACUCACCCUGCUGAGUGGAAGACACAUGCGCAGUACUGUUAAGGUGAUAGCAUUUCAAGCUUGUGCAGUAUGUUUACACAAUGUUUGAAAUAGAGGUCUAUCAUUAUCAUAUCAUCAUAUCAUAAAAUACUGAAAUCAAGAUCAAAUUUAUCAGGAAUUACAGCUAUUAAUUAAUCAUAAUUGGCAUGUCAGUUGUCUUGAUAUUAUGAUCUUUUCUUUUUUUUUUUGCUAUAAAAUUCAACUUUAAAGAAAGCGACACACCAGUUCAGGCUCUCAUGCAGACACUGUCCUCUUACCGUAAGUGUACAGACAUGCAAACUCAUCAUGUUCCUCGCUCUAUUCAAAUAAACCAGCAGGGCAGCAGCAACUGAAAAGUUCUACCAAAAACAAUGUCAAUAAGCAGUGCCUAUCACUUUACUGUUGGAGGUAUUUUGUAAGCCGUAGGUGUUGUUUUCAGACCCUACAUGGUUUGGUGACAAAUAGUGUUGCCCUCACCGGUGCGGGUCCUGAAGUGACAAGCCAUACAACAAACCAAAGAGUUGAAGGAAAUCUAGAGAUAACACUGAGUGUGCAUUUCGGGGGACACUAAAGUUCAGAGGUUUUACAGUUUAUGGUACUUCAUUUUAUGCUGUACUAUGUUCGGGGCCUACAGCUGUGUUCUAUUUUCAGCUUUUAUAGGUCACGCGUGAAAAUCAUUAUAAAUGCAGCACAAAUGUGAUGCCACAUUACAAAAGGAGCAUCUGUAUCAGUUGAUUUAUCCACUGCAGUGUGCUGUCAGUGCAUGGAGGUCUGUAUUAUCAUUAUUAUUCAGUUAUAAUAAUGUGUCAGUUGUAGUAAUCAGCUCUCUGAUUUGCUUUCACCCACUGUCUACUAUUUCCCCCUGUAGGCUAGUUCGCUUCACCCUCUUUUGUAAGACCCCACCCCCGCGAACACACACACACACACACACACACACACGCACACAGUGCAGUAAAUACAUGCAUAUUUAUUGUGUGCCACAGAUACAGACUGGCGUUAACUGAGCGGUUGACUUGGUUCCCUCUAGAUUUUUUUUAAACUCUGUGGUUUAAAGACAAACAAGUGCUGUUUAGGCGGCCACUGUUAUUAUAGUUCAAAUUCUGAUAAUCAAUGUAUGUGUCCAUAUAUUUCAUGUUACACUGCAUCACACCAGAGUCCAAACUGCUUGAUGAUUGUGAUUAGCAGGUCAUGUUCAGUAUUGUGAACAGCUGUUUCUGAGUAAACAGUCGUACUGCAGGUGGUACUUCCUAUUUUUUAGUUUCACGGCUGCAGAUGAUCAGAUGUUGAACUGUUUGCUGUAUGAGGAACAAAGGGACUGCAGAGGGCUCUUUUCUAUGAACUAUCAAUGAUAUUCAAUGCUCUACCCUACUGCUGCUGUUUCCUGGAACAACUCCAUUGAUUUGGUGACUCCAAUAUGUGUUUCUUUUUUUUUGCUGUUACUUGAAAUGCAUGUUUGCUUUUUAAUUUUUUUAAUGGCCUUUGAAAACCUUUCCUGUAAUUCAGACUUACAGCAGGAAACCACACUUGGUUACUAAAAAUGGGAUUGUAGAGCUGCAGGUUUUCCUCUGACAGUGAUGCCAUAUUGAUUUGUUUCUGUAACUGAAAGUACAUUGCUACUGCACAGUUUACUCCAUGUGCUCAAGAAGAUAUGUAAUGAAUGAAAGUUUGUUUUCUCAGAGAAUAUUUGAAUGCAUAUUUGAACAUUUUUUUCCAUCAUAACUUUUCCAGAUAUUAUAUUAAAAGACUGCUUGCUUGCUUCCAGACAUAUAUCCCUUACAUCAGAGAAAGCAUAGGCAUUAAAACAUGUCAUCAGUUAUUGCAUGACUGCAAUUCACAUAGACUGUCGUCCUUUUCACAUUAACUCUAUAGUUGGAUUUGAGUUAGCUAUGUGAUAACAACAACAAAAUCUUUUUAUCACUUAAAAUGGUCAUGCAUGAUGCACACUGAGGUACGCUGGUACCUAAAAAUAACAAAGCUGCAGUGAAGCAGAGAGCGGUCCCCUGUUAUAGCGAUAUGGGAACGCCUCUGUGUUCAUUAUUGUGUACUUUGGUCACAGUUUUAACAUCUGGAUAGAGCUGAGUCCAUUCCAUUCCAUAUUGGAAAGCUGAAGUGCUGACAUUAAUCCUGACCUCGAGAUUUACUGUGGAAAGGGCUGCUGCUUCAAGCAGAAAGUAGUUUCGUGGCAGCUUUACCAAGCCUUUUAAGUACUUUUUACUAUGUGGAUUUUUUGUUUUUUUGUUUGUUUUCCAGCUGAAAUUAUUGUCAGUCAUAUAUUUUUGCAUGGCAUAAACUAAAGUCUCGCACUUACCGGUCUGAUCCUCUUUGAAUGUAUAAUGUUUGCGUGAAAGCCGUCUGAACCAGUGUUUAUGACCUUAUGUUAUUCAUCUGUUGUGGGGGAUAUUCAACCUUUAGAACCACAUUUAGACAUUGCUAUUGACAGAUUCUAAUGAAGUCAUUUCUGGAAAUGAGUAUGUUUCCCUAUGCAAAAAUAUACCAUUAAUAAACAUGCUAUUCUAAAACUCA